AUGUUAGACUUAAGUGAGAAUCAAUUAGAAGGAUGGCUACCAAGAUCACUGGUCAAUUGUGCAAAGCUAGAGUUUCUUAUUCUUGGAAACAAUCGACUCCAUGAUGUUUUCCCUUAUUGGUUGGGAAAACUUCCCGAGCUUAAGGUUCUCAUUUUGCGAUCUAAUAGAUUUCAUGGUGAUAUGGGGAGUCCUGCAUCCAAUUUUGAGUUCCAAAAGUUGCGUAUUCUUGACCUCUCUUACAAUAAUUUUAGAGGUAAAUUGCCACUUGGAUUCUUCAAAAAUUUGAUUGCAAUGAAAAAUGUCCCAGAGGAACACUUGACAUACGUGCAAGCAAUUGCCACCAUCUACCUGUUGGGUUUUGCAUUGAAUGAAAAUUAUGAUUACUCAAUGACAAUAACAAACAAAGGUGUUAAAACAGUGUAUGCAAAGAUUUUGGACUUCUUCACUGCCGUUGAUCUAUCAUGCAACAAAUUUGAUGGAGAGAUUCCAGAAGUUAUUGGGAAUCUAAAGGUGCUUCAUUUGCUCAACCUUUCCAACAACUUCCUCACUGAUCGUAUUCCAUCAUCCUUGGGGGAUCUACAUCAAUUAGAAUCUUUAGAUCUUUCUCAAAACAAUCUCUCAGGAGAGAUCCCACAACAACUUACAGAACUCAUUUUCCUUGAAUUUUUCAAUGUAUCUUAUAAUAAUCUCACAGGUCCUAUACCACAAGGGAAACAAUUUAACACAUUUCAAAUGAGUUCAUUUGAAGGAAAUUUUGGACUCUGUGGAGACCAAAUAACAAGGAAUUGUGGCGAUUCCAAGUCCUUAGCACCCCCUUCAAUUUUUGAGGACGAUCAUGGAUCAGAGUCUCCGUUUGAUUUUAAUUGGAAAGCAAUCCUGCUGGGGUAUGGAUGUGGGCUAAUUAUUGGAGGGAUUAUUGGGCACAUAAUGACCACCAGAAAACAUGAUUGGUUUAUGAAGAAUUUUGGAAAUAGACGACGCCAAAGGGAAAUAAGCGCCAAGAGAAGGGGAAGUAGAAACUGA